AUGGGGCUCGGCGGAAGCAAAGCAACCUUUUCGCCCGAGAGCAUUCCAACCUCGUUCAGCGAGAUCAAAUUCAAGGAUCUCUACGGCGUCGAACGCUCCCUCGGCGAAUGGGAUGGAAAAGUGAAGAUCGUGGUGAACGUUGCCUCCAACUGCGGCCUGACGAAAGGCCACAACAAGGAGUUCUUCGAGCUCCGAGAAAAAAUAGGUGCGGAGCACUUCGAGAUUUUGGCCUUCCCGUGUCGCCAAUUCGCCAGCCAGGAGUUUGCAGAUAUCGGGGAGACCCAGCAGUUCUGCGCACGCGUGAAAAUCCCCUUCCCUGUUUUUACCACGUCUGAAGUUAACGGCCCAGAUACAAACCCCGCCUUCCUCUAUUGCAAGUGGAACAGCGACAGUUUCUACCAGCCCGUGAAGAAUUCCAAGAACGCGAAACUGAGUGACAUCGGAUGGAACUACGGCAAGUUUCUCUUGGACAAAGACAAUGGCGUGUACAAGUACUACGGCCCGAGGACGAAACCGCUUGAGAUGGAACAAGACAUCAGGAAACUCCUUGAGGGUCAAGCAAAGGGCAUGAAACGAGAUGCAGCAGGCGAACUGCAGCCUCUGUGA